CAACCUUCAACAGCAGGACACAGGUAUAUUAUAUACAUUUCAAUAAAUAAUGAAUAAGAUAAAUUACGGUUAAAUGAUAUAAAUUAUAUAAAAUAUUUUUUAUUUUAUAGUAACUCAAGGUAUUAAGGAAAUCCUAAGAAACCAAAAGGUGCUGAUGACAAGGAUGGAUGACAUUGAGAAAACCCUCAAAGAAAAUGUUAUUGAUAAAGUUCUUCUAUUGGCUCAAACACACACGCUACGCGAAUGUAAGGUGGUUUUAGCUAAAGUCCAUCACUCCAUUGGACGAUUGGUAGGAGAAAUAGAAAAUCCCAUGCAAAUUGAAUUAGCGUCAAGACUACCAAUCUGCACACUAGUCGCCGCGCUGGAUUUCGAAGAUAAACUAAAUUCCAAAGAGUUUGCUGACGAAACGAAAAUUUAUCUUCAACAAAUAAAAGGAGCAAAUGCAUCUGUAGAUGAGGUAAUGAGAAAAAUCUUUACCGACAAUGUCCUUUUUGAAUUUAAUUUUGAUGGAAGGAAACAAAAACAGGCGCUUAACAAGCUUAAACUUGUUAAUGAAGUUUUAUUCGAUGUAUUUGUAAUGGAAGGACGGCCAGGUUUUGAACGGGCAUUAAGAAGAGUGGUGGACCUUAGCCACAAUAGGUCGGAACAACAACAACCAAAGUAGGUGCAAUUUUUAAAUAAUGUAUGGAUGCAAUUAUUUUUAUUUUUUUUUUAUUUUUAUUUAUUUAAAUAUGUACUAUAUGUAAU